AAACGACAGCGUCUAAUAUAGUUUCGAGUUUCUUCGACAGUGGCAAUGUUUUCAUCUUCGAUUAGGUUAAUCGUAUCUGGGUUCCACCGGACUCAACCCCUAAAAUCGCCGGUAAAUUCUCCGAGCGUCUUCAUCUCCGUACCUAAAUUCUUCAACUCUGAGUCAAAAUCGACGGGAACUGGUUCAAGAUCCGUAGCAAUGAGCAGCGUUGAGAAAACCGGGUCGGAUUCUGGAGCAAUAGAGAAUCGAGCGAGCAGGAUGAGAGAGAAGCUUCAAAAAGAGCUCGAACCAGUGGAGUUAGUGAUCGAAGAUGUUUCGUAUCAGCACGCUGGUCACGCCGGAAUGAAAGGUAGAACCGACGAUGAGACGCAUUUCAAUGUGAAGAUCGUUUCUAAAGGAUUCGAGGGAAUGAAUUUGGUGAAGAGACACAGGUUGGUCUAUCAUUUGCUCCGGGAAGAGUUGGAUACUGGAUUGCACGCUCUUUCUAUCGUCUCCAAGACGCCGUCUGAGUCUCCUUCUAAAGACUAGUGUACUGGUACUGUUUAAUGUAUCUUCUGUUUCUGUUAUCAGAGUUUCUCAUCAAACUCUGUUCGAUUCAAAGAUUGAAUUUUUACCAUCAAAGUGCUCUGUUUUGGAAUUUAUUGCGGAGCCAAAGUCUUCAUUUUUACAUACGCUUGAGGUUGUGUGUUGGUGUUUCUGGAAUUGUGUGUUGGAACAAAGACACUUGCUUUUAGUUCAAUUCGAGUUCUGUCUUUUCUAGCAUUCAAAACUAUAAUGGUCAUAGCUUGAUGAAUUGAAUUAAGGCUCCAUUUAGUUGAAAGUCCAAUCAAUGGUCAUGUGUUUGAAUUCUCAAAGGAAGCUCGAUUGUGCCGUG